UUUAAAAACAACAUACUCAUAAUCAGCUGACAUAACUACUUAUCUUUCAGUGCUCAUGCUCGGUGAUGCUUAAGUGUAGUCAAUCUUGAGGACAUCAGGUCUUUUUGUACUUUAUUCAAAAAAUCAUUUUUGUAUUUGAGAAAUUUUAUCAUUUACGUGUAAUUUACAAUAAGUGAUGAAGGGCCACAUAUGUCUUCAUAUGAAUCCCUUUGGUAAAUUAUAGAUGUAUAUAGAAAACAAUUAGACAAAAAUCAUGGGAGUGAACAGCAGUAAAAAAUUGGCAGCAAAGUGCUCUUUUCUGUCCAAAGAUGAACAACUCAUUGUUAGUAAUUCAUUCAAGCUGGCCAGCAAAAACUCAGAAAGAAUCAAAGAAGAGGAACUUGCAAAAAUAUGGGGUUCCCAAAUGGAUGCAAGACUACUUCAAUACCUUAAUAAUUACUUGUUUGGAAUAGGAGAUCAAAGACAAAAUACAGUGGAUUUGGAGAGAUUUGCCGAACUGUUUGUUUUUUGUACCAGGGGCACAGUGGAUGAGAAAAUGAAAGUAUUGUUAAUGUCUCUCGGAAAGCCAGAGAGUGAGGGUAGUGACAUUCCCUAUACUUUGGUUAAAGAGUAUGUAGAAAGUAUAGUUGCCUCCUAUAUGAAAAUACAAAAAUUGUGUAAUACAAAACAAUACAAGAGCUGGUUCUCUCGAGGGUGUUUUACCUUACCUCAAAAUAUACAACGCUUAGCUGAAAACCUUAUCCAUGAACUGGCAACUGGGGAGACUAUAACAAGAAGAUGCCUUGAAGUGUGGCUCCAGGGUUCAACUCUACUUGGGCAGUUGCUACUAUUUGUUUCAAUGUACCUUUUUAGUAUUAGUCACAAGGAGAAGUCAGGGGUGACCAGCAGUGAGAAAUCAGGUAAUACAUU